AUGAUGCUGAGACUCAGGCUAACAAAGGUGUUGUCCUUUGAAACCCGAGGCCGUGUGCGAACUGGGGACCAUCGCAAGCGGUUAGUGUCUUGGCAUGACGCAAGUUAUCUUACAAUCACUCGAAAGUCAUUACCGCCUGGCCCGCACACAACUGUGCCGCAUGUUUCGAGUAUAACAUACCCAUCAACCCCGCCCCAGAACAAUGGUGCCGCACACCAAAUCACUCGGGCAUCCUUUACUGGCGACAUGGACAACGCACCUCGGGAAAUACGGGAGGCCAUCGACUCUGAUGACACUGACAAGCUCCUGAAACUGCUUCGCGUGCAUCCAGAACGAAGCUACGAAGAACUGCAAGACUCUCUAACCAUAGCGAUAUCGACUGGCUCUCUGCGUACGAUCGAAAUUCUCCUCGAUCACGGAGCUACACUCAAAUACUCUUCAUACGAUGAAUUGUUUAUCAGAGAAGAGCCUGCUGUAUUUAAGCAACUCAUCGAUCACGGUUGGGAUAUCAAUAGCACGGAAUUCGAGAGGCCGCCUGUACACCAAGCGCUGCAUAACAAAAGCCUAUUACGUUGGCUACUUGAUAACGGCGCGGAUCCGAACAUCGAAUCCGUGAGGCGUAGGUCUUGUCUACGAACUGGCACUGCGCUCGCCGCAGCGGCACAAUUCAAAGACCCAACGGCGCUGCAAGUUCUGUUGUCUUAUGGGGCCGAGAUGGAUCCGUUGGCAUUGUUUGACGCCAUAAAAGUCCGCGGCCACAGGAACGGCACUGCUACGAUGGCUGUCCUGAUUGAUCAUGGCGCUGACGUCAACUACAUGAGCAAGAACUCGACUACGCCGCUCCUUCACUCCGUUCAUUACAGGUCUAAGGAGAAAACGUUGUAUCUGCUGAAACAUGGUGCAGACCCCACUAUUAGAGACAGGGUAGGCAAGGACACGCCAGCCGAGUGUGCGCAACGUCGUGGCGAUCAAGAGUUGUUUGAGAUCCUAAAGGCAGCAGAAGCGGAGCAUAUUGAUAGGAAGAGUACGGAGUGCCACGCGUCGGUUUCAUACGACUAUGGUCAUGCUACCAGCAACCGCAUCCAGGAGGGUGCUUCCGCCCCCCACUCCCUCCAAGAUCAAGGAUCUCUUAUACGCCGACAAGAUGCAGAAAUUGGCACAGAACUAGAUGCAGGAGGAGGCGCGUUUCAAUUAAGUGAACGAAUAAUCAGAGGGCCGAAACGCAAGCAGGUCUUGACACUUUUUGGUAUCACUUUUCGGAACGAUCAACGGAAAAUCAAACUGCUCGAGGUGGUUGCUACUACACCAACUCUCACUGGAUCACGUAUCGUAUUUACCGAUCCACCAAGUCCGAAAGAUGGUUUCGACCUCAUUUUGUCUGAGGAGUUGCGCGGGAAAAUCGAAACUGCUUUAGACGAUGCAUGUGCCAACAUUGACGACACAUGUCUCGAGACUAUCAAUAACAUUCUUGUCAGUCCCCAAACUGAGCUAGAAGCACGACAGAUCUUGAUCGCUGGAUAUUCUCUGGCGUUCUUGGCAGCGCUCUACUUUCCGAUAGCGAACAAGCUCAUCAAUUCGAAACUCGUGCCGGUUGCUAUUCAUGCUCCCUUCAACCAAGUAGGUCCUAUAGCUUCCGCAGCGCAGGCAUCCACGCUUGCCUUCGCUACCGGAACUGGGACAGCAAUGGUUACGAUCACGCGGAAGCCUGAUGUAGCCUCAACCACGGCCUCCAACACACCGCAUCAAUCAACGUUCAGCAGUUCGGUAGGCCAAAACCUGCCAGGAGACAUCGAGAUCUAUAUUCCUGAGGCUCUCGGACAGCGGAUGACUGAACUUAUCGACAGAAGCCAGAAAUGUACAAUCGACGAUAGCUUUUCCGGUUCUCGAAAAGCCCGUAGUCUGGACUUCAAUGAGCACUUGACUGGAGCAAUAUGCGCUACCAAGCAGGUCGUUCUCAAUGCCUCACCCGGUGCUGCUUUCGAAGAUCUUGGCUCUUUGGCGACAACUUCAAGUUGGAUACCAUCUUGGACGAUACCAGAAGUGCAAGAAGCAAUGGAAGUGGUGAUGCAAUUCGCCGAGAUCUCGUACCAAUUCAUCAACAUGAAUCCGUCAGUAGCACUGACUAUGGCCGCCUUCGUAUUCAUGUUAAUCUACGAGAGAUCGAUAACUGGUAACUCUAUAUAUCCUUCGAUCCGCAUUCCUGGCACUGAGCUUCAAGGAAAGGCGACGAUAUCGGUAACGCCCUCGAUAACAUCAUUUAGCUCAACAAUGUCGGCAACCUCUACUGUUAGUAGCUCGAGCUCUUCUAGUACGCAGGAGUGUUCGGCAUAUUGCCGUAUGGCUGGUGCGAUCAAGAGAUGCACUACGCAAUGUCCAACGAUGACCGGUCUACCAACUGCGGUUCCAACCGAGUAUGAUGUGAGAACGAUGACCGUGGAACCUUGGGUCGUUCCAAUCCAGCCUCAAAUUCCAAUCACAGACUUGCUCAGCUACUGUAUGCCUAAUGAGGAUACCAUGUUUCCAAGCUCAGCAUUCAAUGCGACUUACACCAACUUCUGCGAGAAAGCAGACGGCUCAGCCGAAGACGUUACCUGGAUGGUCAACGCUAAGGGUGAGCAAGUGCAGUUCAAACGUCGGCGUUUCUGGAUACGGGAAAGCUCGAACACUUUUAGCGACUACAAGUUCGCCUUGUGGUGGAGACCCCAAACUGGAGAAAAUGCCACCGACUGUGCUUUCUCAUGCGAAGAGGCAUUCGAAAUCUUUGUGGAGAAUAAAUCUUGCCAAGUAGGCGAUGAGGGUGGCUUCAUGGCAGGUAAUGGAGGCAUCGACAUCGGCUGUGGCACUUAUUCCUUCACUAUUCACCAUCAAAUCCAGUCUACCGUCGAGUGUUUGAACCACCCACUUGAUGCACCGAAGAGAGACGAUGUAGCUUCUGGGGGUACGAGCGUUGAAUCGGCUAAUCAAACGUGGUGUGGCGAUAACGAUGGCCAUCAGUUUCCCUCCAACUCGAUCUCAGAUAACGUGUACUGGCGUUGGGGUAUCACCCAACUCGACGUCCCCGAUCGCCGCUCAUUCUGGCUUCGCGCCAAGCCACAUGGCGACAGUCAGCAAGCAUCGUUCGUAAAAGACGAAUGCAUCGCUGCCCUUGAGGAAGGUCUGAGCAAGUGCGAUCCAGACUCUGAUACGUCGCACGGCUUCACCGCUACCGUUGGGACUAUCGACUACAGCCUUGAUCUAAGCGGCGUCACGAAGGGCGAUAGUCCUCCUUGGGACGAACAUCCAUCUUUUCCUGCACCAGAACAAUUGACCGCGAAAGGCAGUAGCAAGCCCCAGUCACCCAGAUGUUGGGAUGAAACCAAGUACGCUACUGGCAGGGAGCUUUCUCCGGACAAUCUCGAACAAGCAAUUGACGCUUGGUGUAUCAAUGAUGCGGAGAUCAAAGGCUUCGGUCAGUAUGGCGACCAAGGAUGGGAAUUUCCGCCAAAUGGUCAGCCAGGGUUUUAUCCUGAGAGUCGAAAUCCACAGUAUCUGCAUCUCGGCAUGGAGACAGUUGAGAACGGAGCGCCGAAACCGUAUGACGAUAUGGAGUGGUGCGAGGGCUACAACUGGCGCAUGGGAAGAGAUGAUUGUCGGUACGCACUACGCAGGUUGUUCAAGGAUUGCAACAACAUACCUGACGAGUUCCGUGGUGGUGAGUACACGUAUCGGUGCGUCACUUACCGGGUGUUUUCGUUCAAUGAGUGA